AUGUCUCUUUUCCAGAAUCUACUUGACAGCAUCAAUGGCAAAGGCGGCCAAAUGCUGAACCAUCUAGGCGAUCGAGCGUUUUACCUCAACCAUGCGGUAGAAGGACCAUUUGAUGGGUUAAGCAGACCAGGCGACGAUGUCUGCGCCCUGGCCCAGAGCUUGGUCACAGACUGCCAGCAGCUGAUCUCCUUGCUCGUUCCUCGACGCAUGCAGCUCUUACAGCUUGCCUUCGCAGGAGCAUUGCCAGCAGCAGUAGCAGUUGUCAGUCAUUUCAAGGUAGCAGACACAAUCGAGGAACUGGGCGGGGAGGCGACUGCAGUCGAGAUCGCGGCCAAGGUGGACACAGAUGCGACAAAAUUGGCCAAUGUCCUUCGGACCUUGACGGCACAUUAUGUCUUCGAGGAGCACGAGGGGGCUUAUUUCACAAACAAUCGCCAGAGCAGAGAGCUUGUGACCAAGGGGGGCGGUGCUGCAAUGAUGGAGUCAUAUGCUCAAACUUCUGGCAAAGCCCUACCGGGCCUCCUUCCGUUAAUGACUGACAAAGAAUUGAUGCACAGCUCUGAUCCUCGCCAGUCGGCUUUCAGCAAAGCUCAUGGAGCACCAAUAGGCAUUUUUGACUAUGUCUUCGACCCAAGGAAUCACGACGAGUUAAUGACCCUGAUGGCUGGACUGCCUUGGCUGAGCGAGACGUCAGCUCGCGAAAGCGUCCAGCAUUUCGACUGGAGUCGCUGGGGCAAAGAGGCACAAGUCUGCGACAUGGGAUGUGCAGAUGGCGGGAUCAUGGCUCAUCUCAAAAUCAAGGAACCCUCGCUUCAUAUUAUCUGUCAGGACCUGGCGCCAAUUUUACCGAGAACGCGGGCGACGAUGGAGCAAAUGGUGCCGGGAGCAUUGGAAAACGGGGGAAUUGAGAUCAUGGAACAUGAUUACUUUAUCGAGCAGACGAGGCUAGCCGAUGUCUACUGGAUGCGGGCGGUCCUGCACGAUUAUUCUGACGACGACUGUGUGACAAUCCUGCAACGUCUAAAGCCUCGGAUGUUGGAGAACCCACAGGCAAGACUGCUCAUCAACGAAGUCAUAGUUCCCUCGCUUCCGACGCUUAAAGGAUCGGAGAACCGGCCGAUAUCAGAAACGAAGCCUCAGAGACAGUCAUCUUUCGUUGAGAUCACGAGUGUAAUGCAAUUACACUCCGUGGCUAUGCAAGGCGGAUUCGAAAGAACCUAUCAAGAUUUUGAAGCGAUCUUCAAGCGUGCUGGGUUUCGGGUUCACCAUUUCUACCCUCUCCAGUUUUUCACGGCGAUCGUCGAGGUCGCCCCUGAAAAUCCACCUUUUAAACUCUAG